AUUAAAAGUGCUCGUGUUCUUCCGAACGUUUGACAAAAAGUUACCAAGCAGCCUUGUACAUGUAGAUCAAUUUAGCUUAAUGUAUUUUGUUUACAGUGUAUCCAUGAAUACGUAUUACCAGUCAUGGGCGUUGUCUCUAGAGUCUUCUUUGAACAUCAAUUUAAACGAUACGCUAAAAUAUAACCAUUGGCGAUCAGCAUGGUAUGCGUUCUUGCAACUUCUGGACAUUGAUUUCACAGAUGGUUUUGAAUGCCCAACGUGCAAAAGUGAUCCCGAAAUUAUCAUAUGUAUACAAGCUUGGCAUAUAGAAAGAACUUAUGUUCAACUCUACACAUCCCAUCCACUACUACAACGGCACAAUCCGGUCAUGGAAGCAGGCACAGUAACAGAGUUUUUGUGAAAUCGAAGGAUACAAGAAAAUCACUGAAGAGAGUUUGUACAGAUGUAUCCGCAAUUGAUAUAAAUGAGCUAAAUACACUUCAAUCCGAAUUACACCAAAGUAUACCGUCCCUGGCAAAUUUUCUGGACUGGUGCCUUGCGAUUUAUGGUAAUGAAGCCGCUUUUCCGAUUGGUAUUUCAAAGUUCAUAAAGGACAUUUCCUGUAAUACCCCUAUUUGUGCUAUUCUCCCUCUUGAUGAAGAAUUACGACGUGUUUGUGACAAAAUUAAAAGAAGUGUGCCUGUUAAAGAAUUUCCGAGUGAUAUGGAAUUGUUGCAAAGAAAGUGUCCUGCUUUAUUUGGCAUUUUCUCAUCUUUAAGUGAUUCAUUUGCACCUGCAGAAUUCAUACCUUUGUUGACCGACCUGCUCAAUAUUGCUGACAAUGCUUUCAAAGAUUGUGAAGCACCGCAGGAUGAUUCUGUUGUAAAUCCUUCCUCGCUGUUAGCAAACUUCCUUUCCCUAAAACCUGUUCGUGGCAGAGGGACAUACGCUGCAGACAAAGGAAAGCAAACGUUUGAGAAUCCAUGCACGAAAAAGUCUGGAAGACAUCCCACUCUUCUUCCUGGUAUAUUCCUUAUUUUUUGUCAGCAUGGUAUAAACUAUGGAUACUCCGUAAUGACUACUAACGAAUCCCCAGAUAUGCCAUUUACAAUCUUGCGAUCUCGAUUUACACGAGCUCCUAGAGUCGUUGUAUACGAUAAUGCUUGUAAUUUGCAUUCCUACUGUCUGAAUCGUGAUCCAACCUUUUUUAAAGACAUGCAAUUUUAGUAGAUCGCCUUCACUGGGCAGAUCACACAGGUUGUUCCAGCGCCUACCAUAUCUCUUGCUAUCCUGACUAUGAAUAUCUCAACAGUCAGAUUGCCGAACAAAGCAACUCUAGACUGAAAAAAA